AUGUAAAAGAUUUAUGGCACUCACGUCUAAAGCCCACUUUUUGGAAGACCACUUACCAAUGAGGAGAAACUCAAAAAAUACGAGACUUCAAUGAAGAGAGGCACUGUUAAUGACAUGAAAUAAACAAUCAUUGAUUAAUCCACUGACUACGAUGAGGAUGGAAAUCCAAUCCUAAGCAAAAGCCAAAAGAAUGCUCUCAAAGGUGUCUCACUCUAUGGUGAUAUCUACAAGCCAGUUGUUGAAUCCUAUCGUGAGUAAGUCCCAAUGAGAAAUACAAGAAUUGCUGAGAUGCAAGACGAAGAAGAGGAAGACUGGUGA